GAAUUUGUUUGUUUACAUUUUUAUCAUUUCGCAUUUUUCAUUAACUUUUUUAUAAAAAUGGACGGGAAAAAAAUCUCUUUUGGCUUCAGCAAAAUAGUGAAAAAACCCCAACUAAUCAGUGCGCCCCGGAAGGAAGAGAAAGUGGAGCUUAUAGAAUGCCUUGAGGGACAGGAAAUCAAAAUAUCGGGGAAAACAAGCCCUAUUGUGAGCGCCCCAUUGGUGAUUCCGCUGAAAAAUGGUACCUCCCCACUCGAUAGACUUGUGCAGGAAAAGAAAUCCACAGAAAAACCAACACAUGAAGUAGGAAAUGUGGAAAAUGCGGGGCCAAAAGAGGAGGAGACACUGGAACAGAGAGCUGCCCGGGAGAUUAUUGAGGGUCUUCAGGAGGCAAACAAUGCAGAUGAGCAAAAGACCUUUGCAGUUCCCUUGAAGGCUGAUGAAUUGCCACUCGAUGGAGCUGUAGAGUCCACAAUGGAUGACUACGAGGAUGUUCCAAUUCAGCAAUUUGGUUUAGCCAUGCUCCGCGGGAUGGGAUGGAAAGAUGAGGAGCACAAGGAGAAGAAAAUUGAGGAAAUCGUCGUAUGUAGACCCAAAGGAUUGGGCCUGGGAGCUGAUAAAGUUGUUAAAUCCACAAAACCCCAAAGCAGCAGUUCCACAACGAAUCAGGGAGACUUGAAGGUCAAGAAGGGUGCCUUUGUGAAGAUUUUGGGGGGAAAGUUUGCCAACAAGUAUGGUCAAGUUGAGGGGAUUGACGAGGAGACAGGAAGGAUAAAUGUGAAACUUGCCCUGGGUGGCAGGGAAUCAAUCAGCGAGUACCUCGUUGAAGCUGUCACGGAGAAGGAAUAUCAGCAGAAUCGUAAAGUGAUAAAUGUUGAAAAAUACGAAGAGUACAAAAAGAAGCAGGAAGAUUCGGAGAGAAACAAAUCUUCACACCACCGUAGUAGUUCUUCGAGGCAAGAAAAAGAUUCCAGGAGGGAGAGGAGUCGCAGCAGAGAGCGACAAAAGUCCCCGAAAUUGAAAAGUAAAAAGAAACACCGAAGAGAUUCUUCAAGUUCAGAAUCAGCAGAUGAGCGCCACAGGAGGAGGCACACGAGUAGUCGCAGAGACAGAGAUGAUGACCAUCGUGAUUCCCGGAAAUCUUCCAAAAGUAGCCAUCGCGAUAGACACCGAUGAUUGAGGAUGAAUAAAUGUGUUGAAGUGAG